GUCACAAUAAGAAUAUCAGUUUCCUUAAAACUUAAAGGAAGAAGACAAAUAGGGCAACGUACGAUGACGUCGAUUUACAGCGCCGUAGAAGCUAGCACAUGGUCCAGCAAACGUCCCGGUACCGAGCCGUUGUUUGGAUAAGUGUCAAAUGGCAGUCGUUGUGGCAGAGGAGGAGGAUUUAUCACCAAACCUUCUGACAGUAGAGAUGAAACACAGCAAUGGCGACGUCGUGCUACCAGAUGGUUUAUGCUGGGUGUCAGUGCUGUCCUGUCUGCUGCUGGCUUGUUCUUAUGUUGGGAGUUUAUACGUGUGGAGGAGUGACCUGCCGAGGGAUCACCCCACUGUGAUAAAGAGACGCUUCACCAGUGUGCUGAUCGUGUCUGGCCUGUCGCCUGUGUUUGUGUGGGCAUGGAGAGAAUUCACAGGUGUCAAGACUGGCCCAUCAUUACUGGCUCUCAUGGGGAUGCGAUUUGAAGGCCUCAUUCCUGCCAUCAUACUUCCUCUGCUUCUGACCAUGGUCCUGUUUCUGGGCCCUCUCAUGCAGUUGGCUAUGGACUGUCCCUGGACCUUCAUGGAUGGUAUUCGGGUGGCCUUUGACCCAUGGUUCUGGACGUUGUGUUUCAGUGACAUGCGCUGGUUGAGGAAUCAGGUGGUGGCGCCAUUAACAGAGGAGUUGGUGUUCAGGGCCUGCAUGCUGCCCAUGUUGAUGCCCUGUGCUGGUCCUUCCACUGCCAUCUUCACCUGCCCUCUCUUCUUUGGAGUGGCUCACUUCCACCAUGUGAUCGAGCUGCUGAGGUUCAGACAGGGCACGCUGUCGGGAAUCUUCCUCUCUGCAGUGUUCCAGUUCUCCUAUACAGCAGUGUUUGGGGCUUACACUGCCUUCAUUUUCAUCAGAACAGGUCACCUGAUGGGGCCGGUGCUCUGCCAUUCCUUCUGUAACUACAUGGGUUUCCCUGCCAUCAGCACAGCAUUGGAGCACCCCCAUCGCAUAACUGUUCUUUCAUCCUAUGUGCUGGGAGUUGUCCUCUUCCUCCUUUUCCUAUUCCCCUUCACUGAUCCCUCCUUCUAUGGCCUCCUCACGCCAGUCUGCACUCUCACGUCCAGCCCCAGCUCCCUCUGCCUCUCCUGAUCCUUGCUCUCACACGUUCACUCUGUUUCCUCAGUUUCCUUUCACUGGUGAAACAGCUGAAGGUGUUUUCUUUGUCAAGUUAGAGUUCAGGUCAGGUCCAGUUUGGACCCACAGCACUAACAGCCAUGUUGGCUAAGUUGCCAUAGAGAGAGGUGGAAAUCUGUAGCCGUUUUUGGUCUAUGGAUGUCUGAUAUGUCAGUCAUUUACAUGACAUAUUUCAGUUCAUCAGCUGAUGCUCUUACACAGACUCACUCAUUUUGAGUAGGCAGGGUUUGAUGUUGCAGGCAGCGAACCCAAGAUGGUCCAGUUGUAGGACAGCUGCUGUAAUCCCAUGCGACCACUCUACAAGUGGUUUUAGAGUUUUACUGACACUGAAGGACAAUUUCUCCUCAUGUUCUCUUACUCUGAUAGAUUUCAUCAAUUUGUGAUGAAGGGUCAUAUUGUACCUUUUUGGUGUACUCAUUUUCCACUCAGUCUGCCUCCAGGACAAUUCUGAUUUAUUACAACUUUAGUCUUAUUUGUGUUAUUUUAGCAGUUAUUUAAUUUUCUUUGUUUUUUUGUUUUUUUUUUUAAUUCAGUAAUAAUACAUUAAUGGCAGGGAUCUGGAAACAAAGUGGCAUCACAAAUAAGUCCAGUUAGGCAGGUUUUCAACAAACCCCUGAUUAUUCAGACUUAGAAGGGAAACAGUAAUAUUAUAACCCAAAUUGUCUGUUGGAAACAUCCCUUUUUGUUUGCUCUCACUUUCACUUUAACCUCCAAUGAAUUGGUUUAAAUAAUCAGGAUAAACUCUUGCUUUGUCCACAUCUCGGUCAUUUCACUGUUUCUCAUCAGCAUUAGAAAUGAUGGCCAAAACUGGUCUUGAUCAAGUGUGGGGUUUGGGUUGAGGUUGGGGCCAUUUUGUUGGGUAAAGCUUGGGGUUUGGAUUCAAGUUUUGUAGUUUUCAAAUAUAAUUUGUCACAGUAGCCUGGUGAGCUAACAGUUGCUGUACAGGGCUGGGGUCAGAUCUAAACUUUGGCAGCACUGAGUCCGAAAGAGGUGGGGGUAUGCCUGGUUAGAUUUACAGAAUUCAAAUACAGAAUUCAACCAAGUUGUAAUAAAGCAGGAUUAUCCUCCAAUGCCUUUGAGCCUUGGCCUACUAAGAUAUGGAAAUUGUUGCUUUCAGCAGAGUGGGUUGUUGGAGAAACCGUUUUUCCAGUGGAGACGUCGUUGAGAGUCAUCUUGCUAAAAACUCAACAUGUGCUAUGACUGCAUUGCAUUCUGGUCUAUGGAGGCUUGUAGAGAUGUUGACAUUGUUAGCCUUUUCUGUCUGGGACUGUUCAGUUGCAAAUAACUCUGUUGUAGCUUAACUGGAGUACAGUUAGCGUGAUGAUGAAACAGGAAAAAUAUACCAUGACAUAAAAUGGUCAAAGCAAUGCAAUCAACACCACCUCCGGUUGUUUUUAAUGUUAUGGGCUUAUUUUUAACAAGUGACACAUAAGCUGAAUGUCUUUCAUUUUAUGAAUUUAGACACAAGGACUCGGCUGUUGUCAAGAAACUGAUGCAAUCAGUCGAUAUUUUGUAUGACAUGUGAAUGGUUAUUUAUAUAUCUCUGCAUAUUUCAUUGCUGGUAGCUUCGUUGGUGAUGGUUGAUGAUGGGAUAGGUUGGGUGAGGUGGGGGCACCAUUCACAAUGCCUAAAACAUACUCUGUGUAAGUGCGCAAACACAAAUGACUGGUUGUCCAUGCUUGUAAGUGUAAGUAAGGUGUAAUCUGGUGUCCUUUAGUCCUGAACUAGCAUGACAGUUGAGAAAAACCAUCAGUCUGCUCUUGUUUGAAGUUCCCCCUUUGAAGAACAAGAAAGAGCUCUUCUUCUUCUUCUUCUUCUUGCGUUUUAGUGUGCACGUGUGAGCCUGCACCUGUCUGUGUCCGUAUUGUCUAAUGUAAUUCACAGCUGUAGAUUUUCAUGGGCCAUAUUUUCUGACGCUACAACUUCUGAAUUUGAGGGAUUAUAGACUGAUGCAUCUGCACUUGUGUCUUCACUCAGUGUGUGUUUCAGUCUUAAAGCUGAAGAUUGUUAUAUGUUAUCAUCCUCCCGCUGUUUUUCUGGAUGUUUACUUUGAGGUUUUAGAAUGGCAUCUAAGCUUUGUUUCAUAUGCCGCUUUCUAACAGUUUCUCCAGUGUAUCCACUCUAAACAUGUUGCCCUGCAGGAGCUCGCAGUCUCUCAGCCAGUCCUAUUAAAAUUUGGUUUUAUGAUUUCGUAAGCUGUCUCAUCUGUAGAUUUAAAAGGUGUGAUAUGCCUACUGCUCCCACUCUCUUCAGUUAUAUAUUGCCUUUAUUUGAAGGGAGCGCAAAACCCCGACACUCAGGUGUUUUAACAGAGGCAAGAAAGCUCCAGCCUCUACAUUGCAUGCUGCUACUUGUAUAUCCACAGCACAGAGACAGGAAAAGUCACUUUGUUCACACCUGUACACAGACUUUGUAUAAGAAAUGACAAGACAGUGACGAAUCAUACCAGGUGAAAUUGGCCACCAGCAUAUGACCUGCUUAAGAGAAAAUUGCAUUUAUUUUAAUACAAGCAAUCAUCAGUCACACACAGAUUAACCAAGUCAUUUAAACCACUUAUCGCUGUCUUAGAAACACAAUCAAGUUUUGUGCGCUACCAAGAUUUGUCUUGACUUUGCUGUGAUGCGUCCCGGACGCUACAGCAGUUUUAAACAUGUUUAAAUUUAUUGUAGCCAAAACCAGAAAGAAAAGUCCAUAAGCAAACUGGGGGCAAAGACUUGUUGCUGUUUUAGUUGAACUAACAACCAUUUGCACUGGUCUUUGAUAUCUUCAAUAAGGGCUGUCACUUUUUCAAACGAUGAAGUGUGAAAGAGUUAUUUAGUAUAAAACCAGCAUAGCCAAUCCUUUAAUUACAUUUUAAUUACAUAGUAGUGUUAAUGUUCCGUUCUCUCGUGGUGCCUCUGAUGCCUCACUUGGCCUAAGCCGGUUGAGGUGGUGAUGGUUCUGUAAAGUACUUGUGUUUUUUUUUUAAGGCAGCAAACAGACUUACCUUCAACAAGGAUAAUCUUUUUUUUUUUUUUUUUUUUUUUGUUAAGAAAAAAAAAAUCCUUGAUUAUCCACCUGUUCUUAAUUCCUAAAAGCAAGAGAGAAGACUUAGAGAACAUUUAGUUCAACUUCAGAAAAUGGAUCACUCAUGGACUCAAGUUGUAAUAAAGAAAAAUGUUUUCCUUAGGUGCUCUUUUUUUGUUUAAGACCAAUAGUUAGAGUUGCUUGCAUUUGACUUCUGUGAAAUCUUGUAACAUUCUUGUCCUCUAGAGCUUUUUCUUUGAAUUUCUUUUAUAGAGUGAUUGACUAGUCAGUGUUCUUGCUGUGAAACAACUGAACUACAGAAAUAGAUGCUCAUUUCUUCAUUAGACUGACUGAUUGAUCAGUUAACCUCUCAAACCACUUGUUGAAGUUAUUUAUAGGUUACGGCUGUUGAUAUUCAAAGCGGACUUCAGAAUGUCAAAAACACUAAAAGCUAUACGCAUACUGUGAAGAAGUGGGCUGCUUGAGUCUUCAGCAAUAAAUCCUAAAUGUGGGAAAGUUUGGGGCUCCAUUUUAUCUGACUGAGCACGUAAAGUAGUAGAUUCUGUGUAGGUGCUGUGUAUUCUGGCUAGUUUACAAACUGCUGGCAGGCAAGUGAACUUGGACAAGUGAUUGGAGUUGUACCUCACCUACCUGAAGCUGCCAGCAGAGGGCGUCAGAGCACUUUGACAGAGGCAGAGCUGCUCUCAGUUCUGUUGACAUGAGUCAUUAGUCUCUGGAGAGUUAAGUCACUCUAACUUAUUUUUCCUUUAGCUUCUACACAAUUAUGCCCAAUAGAGGAGAUUGAUGCAGAGCAGAGGAAGCCUGUGGUGAGACUCACUGAUGUUAGUUCACUGUUGAGAAGUUUUACCUCCUUCCGCCUGCCACAUUGUUCUCUCAGAGCCUCUCAUGCUGCUGCCUGUAAAUUAUCAGUAUUUUACUGCUCUACUAUAGUUUCAGAUGGAUAAAUUCUAUUCACAUGUUAAGACAAGAGUGGGUCAUCUUAUAGAGCAGCACGUCCUGUUGUGGAGAGUUUUUGUGGCUUUACGCUUGGCUUUAAGAUAAAGCUGGUUAUGGUAUAGUUUAUGUUUAGCUUUCAAAUUAUAUGGUCAGGGUUGGGUUAAAAUGACAUUUGACUUUAUAGAAACAAUGAAAUGAAUAAAUGUAACGUUAAUUACAGACAAGUUCUAAAAUAUAAUACUGACAUUGAUCACUAUUAAGUCACUUAGCUGAUGUGUUUUGUCCCUGGUAUAGCUUUAUAGGAAUAUUUUUGAGGACCUGAAGAAAAUUCUUAUUGCAGUUGGUUAAACGAGACACUAAGAUGUCGUGGACACAUUUCCUCAUAGUGAAUGUUUGUCUUGGAUUUGUAUCUGCAGAGGGAAGUUAAUAUUAGUUUGUCUGAUGGGUGGUGGAUGUCAGCGGUGAACUAAAAUGUUAGUUAAAGUUCCAUUUAACUGUGACAAGGCUUGUGAUGUCAGUAGCCGAGACAGGAACUCCUCAUAUGCUAUAGAACGAGACAAACUGCCCAGGCUGAUCUAAAGAAUAUAAGGGUACAGUGUAUCGGUAUCAGUGUAUGUUUUAGCCAAUAAGUUUAAAGAAAUUGCAGUACAGAAAUACCAAACUAUGCUUAAUGUCAUGUAGAAACAGCAUCUUUUCCUGUUACAAACCACACAUAUCGAGGGUGCCCUCUGUGCCCUUUACCUUUUGUCUUAUCCAUUUAGCCCUUUGCUCAAGCUGUCCCUAAGCAACUAAUGCGAAUAGCUUAAUGUUUUUUUUCUAUGAAAAAGGCACAUACCAAGCUUUCCUCCUUUGUCCCCUUCUUAUAAUGAUAAAUCUAAUGACUUUUUUGCUUUGUUUUUCUUUUUUUUAAUCUUUGCCUCAUCUUAAACUUUUCAGUCACUGGCUUGACCUCAGACACAAUCAAGGUGAAAUGAGUUUUGCCUUUACUGCUGUAAAAAGAAAAACUAUUCCCCCGCCUCCAGUGUUUCCCAAUGACAGCUCACUAUUUGCUGUUGAAGUUGCAGAACAUGCACAUCCAUAAUGAUAUGCAGAGAGCAGCAUCAACAUAGACUGCAGAAUCUAUUUUUGCUAAGUUUUACCAGCUCUGUUAUUUUAAUACACAACACCCAGAGGAAUAUAAUAAUUUCCAUUCUAUUGCAUUUAUCAGAACUUGUGAAAUACGAAUAGUGAGUCAGCUGGCAAAACAGAACUCUGCAAAUGUUUAUAUUGAGCACUAUAUUUUGUAAUCAGAUCUAUUUUGGUGAGGAACAGAGUGUUCAGAUAUGUGCAUGUAUUUUAUGCUCACUGUCACACUUGUACAGUUCAAGUUAGAGACUACAGAACUGUGUUUUAGUAUGACAAUCUUUUACAGAAACUUUGGAAUCACUCUGCAAUCUAUUUGUAAAUAAAUGUUGUUUUAUACAUGG